CAAAUCUUAACUGCCAUUUCACACAGUAGUGUCGCCUUCAAAUCUUAAGUUAUAUUUUUUCUGUGUAUCUCGAUUUCUCGGUAGAGCAAAGUCGCCGACUCUUCUUCUACAAUUCAUGCUAUGGCACCUAUAAAGGGAAUUUUUUCCCUGCGAAGAGCAGUGUUGGCUCAGCGUCAUAGUGAGAAGUGGGGUCUAGGCUUCAGAUCACUCAGCACUCAAGGUGCAUCUGGUAGUACUCCACAAGGUGCAUCUGGUAGUCCUCCAAAAGGUGCAUCUGGUAGUCCUCCACAAGGUGCAUCAACUGCUAGCACUCCCCAACCUCCUCCACCUCCCCCACCUCCAGAGAAAACCCAUUUUGGUGGCCUGAAAGAUGAGGACAGGAUUUUCACCAAUUUGUAUGGAUUGCAUGACCCUUUUCUCAAAGGUGCCAUGAAACGAGGUGAUUGGUAUAGGACCAAAGACUUGGUACUCAAGGGUGCUGAUUGGAUUGUGAAUGAGAUGAAGAAAUCUGGCCUUCGAGGACGUGGUGGUGCAGGUUUUCCAUCUGGCCUAAAGUGGUCCUUCAUGCCAAAGGUAUCUGAUGGCCGCCCUUCAUAUCUUGUUGUCAAUGCUGAUGAAAGUGAACCUGGAACCUGUAAAGACAGGGAAAUUAUGCGGCAUGAUCCACACAAAUUGUUGGAGGGUUGCUUGAUUGCUGGUGUAGGGAUGAGGGCUACAGCCGCUUACAUUUACAUAAGGGGUGAAUAUGUAAAUGAACGUAAAAACCUUGAGAAAGCCAGAAAAGAAGCUUAUGCGGCUGGACUAUUGGGCAAGAAUGCAUGUGGAUCUGGUUAUGAUUUUGAUGUUCAUAUCCACUUUGGUGCUGGUGCUUACAUUUGUGGUGAAGAGACAGCUCUUUUGGAAAGUCUUGAAGGUAAACAAGGGAAACCAAGAUUGAAGCCUCCUUUCCCUGCUAAUGCAGGUUUAUAUGGUUGCCCUACCACUGUCACAAAUGUGGAAACUGUGGCUGUUUCUCCUACCAUUUUAAGGCGUGGGCCAGAGUGGUUUGCCAGUUUUGGCAGGAAGAACAAUGCUGGUACAAAGUUAUUUUGUGUCUCCGGUCAUGUGAACAAACCUUGCACAGUUGAAGAGGAGAUGAGUAUUCCCCUGAAAGAGUUGAUUGAGAGGCACUGUGGUGGUAUUCGAGGUGGAUGGGAUAAUUUACUUGCAGUGAUACCUGGGGGUUCAUCAGUUCCCCUGCUUCCCAAACACAUAUGUGAUGAUGUGCUGAUGGAUUAUGAUGCUCUCAAGGCUGUUCAGUCAGGAUUGGGAACUGCCGCUGUUAUCGUUAUGGAUAAAUCGACUGAUGUUGUGGAUGCAAUUGCAAGGCUCUCUUACUUUUACAAGCAUGAAAGCUGUGGGCAGUGCACACCAUGCAGGGAGGGGACAGGAUGGCUUUGGAUGAUCAUGGAAAGGUUGAAGGUUGGAGAUGCAAUGUUGGAAGAGAUUGAUAUGCUUCAGGAGGUGACCAAGCAGAUUGAGGGGCACACAAUCUGUGCAUUGGGUGAUGCUGCUGCUUGGCCUGUUCAGGGUCUCAUCCGACAUUUUAGGCCUGAGCUUGAGAGAAGGAUUAGGGAGCGUGCAGAGAGGGAGUUGCUGGCAGCCACUGCUUAAGUUUAUUUAUCUACUCAGGGAAUUUCUUUACUAAUGGAUAUCCUGGAAUAAAAGUGGAGCAAUUAGGCCAGAUAUUGGGAGGAUAGGUGGUUCAGGUAUCUGGUGAACCUGCUAGUGAUCUGUUUGUUUUUAAGCUGUAUCAAACUAUGACUGCAUUUACUGUCCUGGAGAAAUGAUGAAUGUUCCCCUACCUGGGCACGGAUUCUUAAAAAGUUGUUUGAUGUGUUUCUUGAACAUGUCUUUUUGGUAAAAUUAGAGGCAUGUUGUUAAUAACAUCUGUAUUUUUCCCAUGUGAUAAAGCUAAUCAUAUUUUUUCGCUAUCAAUAAGAGAACU